GGGAGAGAAAGCCUCCGAACCGAUCAAUACUGUAUAGUACCGCAGUGGAAAGCCAUGUCUGCCAGAUGAACCCGAGUUGUUGUGGGAUUCACACUCAGACCACUUGCUCCGGGUACAACAACCUAGUGAUCAUGGCUUAGGACGGGAUGAACGAGCUCGGGAUGCACGACGACGUGGUUCUGGACCUGGAGGGAGAGGAGAGGAAGGUUAUCAGUGAGUUUUGUCAUCACUUGGAGAAAUCCAAGCAGCUUUUUAACGGGUUAAGAGACAUGCCGCAGUAUGGACAUAAACAGUGGCAGGGAUACUUUGGUCGAACCUUCGAUAUUUAUACUAAACUCUGGAAAUUCCAGCAGCAGCAUAGAGCUAUACUGGACAGGAAGUAUGGUCUGAAGAGGUGGCAGAUCGGAGAAAUAGCUUCCAAGAUAGGACAGCUUUAUUAUCACUACUAUUUGAGAACGAGUGAGACAAAUUAUCUGAAUGAAGCGUUCUCGUUCUACGCAGCUAUACGAGGGCGGGCAUAUUACUCUAGAACUACUAGGGAGGAAAGGUCCCAGCAUGAGAGAUCCGACUUGAUUGUGAAGAAGCUCCGGUACUAUGCCAGGUUUAUCGUUGUCUGCCUCCUACUUAAGAAGAUGAAACUAGUUCGGGACCUGGUUAGGGAGCUGAGUAAACAUAUAGAUGAGUACACUGCUACCUACGAGCCUGAUGAUCAGAUGGAAUGGUCUCUUGUCCUUGCAGAGAUAAGAUCCUUCAUAGAGGCGGACACGGUCGUAAACGUCUUGGACUCCGAUAGUAACAGCAUUGUUCUCAGCCACAGGUUGAACCCUCUAAUUACUCCUCCGGUGGAGAGAUCUCCGAUCAUGACCUUGUCUCUCCAGGAGGUGAUAAUAGUAGGUAACGUGACGGACCAGAUCAAGUUCUCCGAGCUGACCCUCGACAUGUUCCGUAUGCUGCAAACCCUGGAGCGGGAACCCCAGGAUGAGAUGGCUCAAGUUUAUGACUGUUCUCCUGCCCCAGGACGGAUACCAGUUGAGAACGGUAUGCUCACUAGACGAGAAAACCCACACAAGUACCUGCUCUACAAACCAACGUUGCCACAGCUCUUUGUGUUCUUAGCUUCAGGAUACAAAGAACUACCGCCGAACGGCGCCCUUCUUCUUUACAUCUCCGCCGACGGGUUUUUCCCCAUCCGCCCUCAACCAGAGGAGACGGGGUACGAUCUUGGCGGGGUCCUGAUGCUACCUAAACACGAUGUUGAACCACCCGGUAACAAGUCUAUGGGUCAUGUUAAGGAGCAUUGUUGCUUGUAUCCAGGGGAUCUUUUUCCGUUUACUCGACGUCCUACCUUUCUUAUUGUAGACUCAGAUAACAGUUUAGCCUUCUCCAGUAUACCACACCACUUUGAUAUGCCUCUAGUUGUUCUAAUGUCUCCGCAGAGCGUUCCUUCAACCUUUCAAGAUCAUGCACACAAGGGAAGUUUGUUCACUCUCUUCCUUCACUCUCCUCUCUCUGCGUUCUGUUUUGUGACAAAUAUAGUGGAUAUCCCGCUAAACCUCUGGGAUAAGUGUCUUGCUUAUAUAGAUAGAUUUAUUAGUGAAGCCUCCAGGCUUAUAUCCCGCUGUAGAGGAGUAGACCCUUCCUACCUCAACUUCUUAGGAGAUGAUUUCCUACGCUUAUUAAUGUGUCGCUAUAUAUUCUGUGAUGUAGUUCUUAGAAUCCAUAGAUCAUUCAAGGGUUCCCAGUUUUAUCCUAAAACUCAUCCUGCUCUACCUGAUCUAGACAUACUGGAGAACCCAACCUUACAGCGAUAUGUUCUGGACUUGGCAUCUCAGUUGGAUGUUAGACCAGUUUUCUUUCAAUGCGGAGAAAUAGAUUAGAUUCCCUGUACUCAUUCUUCCUCGCAACAUAUAUGUACAGUGUACACUACAAUGCACACAGCUAAUAUAACUACACUUACUGUACAGCGUACAAUGAAAGUGUACAGUUUAAACUAUACAAUCUACAAUGCAAAUUGUAUACUGCAUACAAUGUACACUGAACAGUACAGUAUAAUGAAUACAGUUCAUACAGUAAAAUCGUGCAAAGUACAAAGUGUCCCACAUCAUAUUGGAUCCUAUAUAGCUCUAACUUGCGAUUUUUGGAAAAAUCAGAAAAUUUAAAAAGAAUGAAUCAUUUUUAAAGAUUUUAAAAGACUGAUAUAAAAAUUUGUAUGCAGAAAAUGCUAUGUUUUUCGAGCAGUACAUGCGUAUCUUGGCGUUAAUGCUUGGAGAUAAUCUAAUAUGAUAUGGGACGCUCUGUACAUUGUGCACCUAGAAAAACUACAUGUAGAACAAUUGCAAGUAUGCGUAAAGUAUACAAAGUACAGAACUGGAGCUGUUUAUUUGUUUUAAAUAGUCAAAUGGCGAAAUAUUAAGUUGUAUAUUUUUAUUCUGUGUAAUAUCAAAUACGUAAAAUCACAAAUUGCAAAUAUUCUACAAAUUUUCUUCAAUUCGCAAAAAUUUUUAAGCUUUAACUCUGUUUUUGGGUGUUUUAUCAUCAUAUUAUUGGAGAAGAUUCUUUUUCAAUGUUCUUAAAAACAAAAUAUGUUAGAACUAAAAUAUUACUUUUGUUUUUACCCUGAAUCCGGUUUUCCUUUCGAACAAAAUAGAAAUGAUUCAAUUUUCUUCGGAACUUUCAACCUAAUUAUAUACUUUUCCCACCAACUCUGACCAUCAGCAACUUUU